UAUAAAUAUCUACUUACUUAUUAAUUACUACAUACAAUAUAAACUAUAAUUUAAAAAUGRAAAUUAAUUACAUUUUAUCAAUWUUMUUAUCAUUAGCUGCAGUAUCUCAACAGCAAAAAUGUACCAAGGAUGGUUUCAAUAACUUUGACAUCAAAAUGGCUUCAUUGGCCACCAUUGGUGACGAUGUCCGCAAGUUUCCUGAAAAUGUCGCUCAAAUGAACRUCUGGUGCGAUGAAACUAGAAAACUGUUAAAUGAAAUAGAUGCUUUUAAAAAUAAAUGCCUAAAAAAGCUAAACAAACAACUGUUAGGUAUAUUUACGUAUGGUUUUAAAAAUACAGUCAAAUCGUAUUGUAAAAGAGGUUCGCGUAARACAAGCAAUUGGUUGGAUAGUUCACCAUGCUACAAUCUAAAUAAAGCACAGGUAGAUAAAUGUUAUAAUAAUUUUAUUGAUCAAAUAUUGGGAUCACAAAAUGCUAUCGACAAACACAAAAUACCACACUUUUGUUGUUCAUAUUAUCGAUUGUUUGACUGUUGGGAGCAAACAGUAUCGGCACAGAAGGGUUGCAAUGAAUCAAAAGUCAAUGUAAUGAAUGAAUUCAUCCGAUCGGCGACUGAUGUUGUUAUGCCCGUCAUAUGCGGCGGAUAUCCCGAAGAGUCGGACAAAUGUCCAAAAUUGGGUUUGCCACCAAAGAAAAAGUCAUCACAACAACGGACCAAAUCGUUUGGUGUCCCUGUUAUCGAUUUGUUGGCAUCAUUUGAAGCGGUCUAACAUAGAUUUACCACAAAUUAAUCAUUAAUAGCAUUUAAUCGGCUUUUUAUUGUUUAGGUAUAACCUAAACAAAUAAAUACAUUAUAAAAUCAUAUUUACUACAACUGUAUAAUUAAUAAUAUUAUAAUA